AGUAUAAAGUUUCAAUAAGAAGUACAGAUGCUUCUGAGAGAUGUGACCUGAAAGGAAUGUAUCUUCUCAAGGCAGAAAAAGAUGCACUGAUUUUAAAAAGUAUCAGUCCUGAACAACUGGUAUGCGAGUGGCCUUAUAAGUAUCUAAGGAGAUUUGGUGGUGACAAGAGAAUGUUUUCAAUUGAAUCUGGAAGGAGGUGCAAAUCUGGUCCAGGCCAGUUUGAAUUUGAAACCAACCAAGGAAAACAGAUUUUCACAUCCGUAAAUGCUGCUGUAAGUGCUCAAAAGUCCAACAAUGAAGAGGAGCGAUGCAAUUCUGACACCUUAGAAAGCUACAAUUUAAUUGCCGCGGAUUCUGCUACUCACAGGCUAUAUUCAGAUUGUAUAAAGGAGCAAACUGCCAUAAACAAAUCUCGACUAUCCAAAAGAUUAUCUUCUGUGAUAUCAAAUGUUUCCGAAGGAAUGCAAAAUUUGUAUUGUGAUACUUUCCCCGAUAAUCAGACACGUAGUCCACUAAGUAAGUCACCAGUCAGGUUUCAGUACAGUUUCCCAUCACCACCUCUACUUGCAUUGCAUAGUGAUGUAACUGCUAAGUUAUCAACAGACACGCAAGAAAAUAGGAGCACACUAUAUUCAGAAUCAAAUCCAGGAGAGAUUCACUCGAUACUUCCUUUGGAACCACCAAGCAGUAAUAAAUCCAUAUCAAGACAAGUAGGAAAGCAGCAAAGUAGCUUUACAUCUCGCAGAGGGAAUAGCCAACUAAACCAAAUCAAUGGGCCUUUAGUUCCGUUUCCCAGCCAAGCCCAUUCAUCCAACAAUGAGAAUAAUUUUGUUGAAAAGAAAAUUCCUUCCAUUGUAACGACCGAGCAUCCUGAAGCUCUUUAUGAUACGGUGUAUAGUGGAUCUGAUGUACCAAAUUCCAAAAAUCCACUUUGCCAGAUAUCAUGUAGCAAGAAGAAUGAGCACAUAUAUGAAGUUAGUGAUGAUUGUUUACUUUACGAUGAAGCUAAAGAAUUGAGCGCAGCAUGGAAAACACAAGGCAGGUCGAAUGACUUUGGUUAUGAAUAUCCGUACAAUCCUUCUGCAGAUGACUAUGCUGUGCCAAAACAGGCAAUUAAAGAUGCUCCUCUCAGACCACCUAAAAAUGUACCAUCUUCAAAGAGAAAAACGCAAAACAAUUAUUAUGUCAAUGUGGAUUCAAUCAUUUCUAAUAGGUAGAUAAGCAUUUAAACAUAAUCUGUUAUAUAUAUAUUAUUUGUAUAAAUACUGUACAAAUGUCAAUCAGUGGGUUCUAUGUUAAGCAGAUUGUAGGCUUGGAUUUGUAGAGAUGGAAUUGUAGGCUUGGAUUUCUAAGCAAUAUUGUACCAUAAAACUGACAAUAUCUUUGGGAUAUUUUGAGUAUGCAUUGCAUUGUCAGAUUUAGCCUCCCACAAAAAACUAUCGUCUUUGCAACCAUCACCAAAUUAGUCAAGAAAUAUCAUUUGAAUUGAUAUGAACAAAAAAAGUAAAACUGUUAUUCGGGUAUAAUACCUUGAAAAUUACUGACUUUGUUGCUUGAGGUCUAAGUUUUUAAUGGUGUGGUACAUCAUAAUUCCUAAACUUUAUAUACCUCAAACAUAAAUUUGAGAUAUGUGAUUUGUAAAUCCUUAAUAAAAAUACGUUUAAAAUUAUUAUUCAACUGUUCAACUUUUUUUCAGUUAUGUAUGCAUUCCAAUAUUUAAUUAAUAUCUGGUAAAAUGUUUAGGAAAUCAAUUUUGAAGAUUGCUUCCAGGGUUACAGUCUGUGAAUAAUUAUUUAAUGUAAUUGAUUCCUCGGCCAGCUUGCUUGAUGGGUGCAAAGGAUCACCAUGAAUUGAUGCCCAACAAUAAUUAAAGACCUGUCCAUGCAUGAUCUUUGUGGGUAGCUUCUUUAGGGUCAAUGGUUAUGUCAUUGUUUAUUGCUUAUGGAUCUGUGUAAACUGUAUGUGCAUUUCUCAAUCUCUCUCAUCUGUGGCUGUCAUCAUUGUAUUUCAUGUUGCUGCUUUGUCUUUUAGAACAUCCAAUUGGAAAUUUCUAUAUAUAAUAUAUGUGACUUUUUUUAAGGCAUAAGGUAUUUGCAAUGCUGAAA